GCCGGACCGCAACUCACAUCUCCUUGGCCCCUUCCUCCUACUAUUAUAAUACGACGGUCCAAUCUAAACUGGAGAACAUCUAAAGAAGAGGAAGAUGCUCGACAUUAGCCUCUUCGGCCUCCUCGCACAACAAAGCGAGGACCAGCUCCUCAACAACAUCUGGAUCGGCCUGCUGAGCGUCGAGGCCCUCAUGGUGCUGGGCGUCGCCCUGCGCGGGCUGCUUGGGGCCGUGGCGUCGUCGCGGCUCGCCGGUCGCCGGCGGAGUCACGACUCGGACUUCUUCCACCCUGGCUGCUCCCAGUAGGUGGGUUGGUACUCUCUAGGUGGUGAUCAUCUGCGGAGGACCCCGUUAUAAAAGGGGAAUUAAAAACACGAGAAGGUUUGGAGUGGAGGGAUUCUCACGAGUCGAC